AUGUCGAGAGACGAUUCUUCCUCGUCGAGCUACGCGCCAAAGUCGCCAGACUUGUCUUCCUUUUACUCCAGCAGCCCCACCCCGGCUGCAUCGCAACUCCAUCCUCCAGCUGGCCAAUAUAAAUCGCACCCUCCCGCCUACAAGGCCUACAAGACCUAUAACUCUCCCUACUCUCCACCUCUGCCCCCAGCCGCACUCAGGCACCAACAACAUAUCGAGCCUGAAUUCACAGCAUACACAGCAUACACAGCAUACGACUUCCCUCCUUCGCCCCUGCAAUACCUGGCUUCAGGCCUGGAUUCCGGCCAAGUUGCCACGCCCGUUGCCACGCCCGUUGCCACGCCCAGGCCAUACCGUCUUCAUUCAUCCUCCUUCUUGCCAGAGACCCAUCCAAUCCCGUCGCAGUCGCAUCCUCCCAGGCAUAUUCAACCGCAGAAUCCGUCGGGAUUCCACCACUCCCAUCUUUCCAAACUCCAGCACCUCUGCGCGCAUCCCGACUCGGAAAUGCCUCCGCGAAGAGCCGCUGCAGCCCCGCCGCCUGCGCCCUUUGUUGAACCUUCUCCCGUCAGAACAAAGUUCCCCACCGCGAGGAUAAAACGGAUAAUGCAGGCCGACGAGGAGGUAGGCAAAGUCGCUCAACAGACCCCCAUCGCUGUAGGCAAGGCGCUCGAGCUCUUCAUGAUCCAAAUGGUGACCAAGAGUGCCGAAGUCGCGCAGGAAAAGGGGUCCAAGAGAGUCACGGCAUCAAUGUUGAAGCAGGUUGUGGAAACGGACGACCAAUGGGAUUUCCUGCGAGACAUUGUAAGCCGUGUCGAAAACGAGAAGGAGGGCAGCAAGUCCAAGGCAAAAACCGAGAGCGAGAGCGAUGACGAUUCUGAGCCCAAGAAAAAGACAAGAGGGACAGGCCGGAGGAGAAAAGUUUAA